AUGGCAUCUUUACAACAACAACAACACCAACAACCCCUCAAAGUUAAAUAUGGUCCACCUCAUCAUAUUAAACGUCGACCAUAUCAUCCAAUACUUGAAUCAUUAGAAUUUCAAUCUAAUCAACAAUUAAUUCAAGAAUAUUCUUCUGAUAUUAUUAAUACUUUAUCUCAUUUAGAAUCACUUACAUUAAUUAAUCCGGCCAUGAUUGAUUUACAACCAGAAAUUCAAUGGUUUAUGCGACCAUUUUUAUUAGAUUUUUUAAUUGAAUUACAUUCAUCAUUUAAAUUACAACCAACAACAUUAUUUUUAUGUCUUAAUAUUAUUGAUAGAUAUUGUGCUAAAAGAAUUGUUUUUAAACGUCAUUAUCAAUUAGUUGGUUGUACUGCUUUAUGGAUUGCUAGUAAAUAUGAAGAUAAAAAACUGCGUGUACCAACUUUAAAAGAAUUAACUAUAAUGUGUCGUAAUGCUUAUGAUGAAGAAAUGUUUGUUCAAAUGGAAAUGCAUAUUUUAAGUACUUUAGAUUGGUCAAUUGGUCAUCCAACUUUAGAAGAUUGUCUACAAUUAGCCAUCGAUCUGAAUAAUUUUUCAAACAACAAUGCUACUACCACUACCACUACUAAUCGAAAAUCAAGUAUAUCAUCAGCUGUAACUGCUGUGGCUAGAUUUCUUUGUGAAUUAUCUUUAUAUGAUAAAUAUUUUUUAUCGGUAUCUCCAUCAUUAAUUGCUAUUACAGCUAAUUUAUUAAGUUGUUCAAUGUUACAAAUUCCUCAUGCUUCAAUAACUUUAAAAAAUUUAAUUGAACAAGAAAUUAUUAAUCCUCAAAAAAUACAAAUACAAAGACAAAAGCAACAAAAACAACAACAACGACAAGAACAACAAAAAAAAGCAAAAGUUACUCCAAAUUAUAUUCAUCAUAAUCAAUUGGAUGCAAGACAUUCCAGUAUUGAUGAAGAUAUAGAUUUAGAUAGUGAGGAAGAUGAUGAAGAUGACGAUUAUAUUGAUGAAUUUUAUGAAACAAAUUAUUAUAAUAAUAAUAAUGAUGAUACUAAUAUAACUACUUUUGAUGAAGAUAUAAAUAAUUCCACCAAUAUCAUUAAUGAUGAAAAUCAACCACCAAAAAUUCAUACCCCAUUUUUAAGUGGAUUAGAUGAAGAUUCAAUAUUAUCAAUUAAAAAAAUAUGUUUAAUGUUGAUUAUUCAAUUAAGUAAAGUUACUGAAGUAUUAUCGAAAAAAUAUGAAAAUUUAGGAGUUAUUCAAGUUAUUAAUAAUUUCCAUUCAAAUUAUAAAUUUAUAAUUCAAUCAAUUUAUGAAAAUCAAGAAUUAUUAUUAAAUUCUUUAAUUAAUGAUACCAAUACUAACAAUGGUAAUGUUAAUGAAAUUGAUUAUAAAUUGAUUCAAUCAAGUGAAAUAUUGUUACAAUUUCCUAAAUUUGAUGAAUAUCUUACUGAAGAUGAAGAUGAAAAUGUUUCCACUGAUGAUGAAGAUGAUACAAAUGAAUCUCAAGGUUAUAAUGACAAUACUACUAAUAAUAAUAAUCAAUUAUUUACUCCUAAAUCUCCAAAUGUUUUUUCAUCAAAUUCAUCAUUAACUUUAAACAAUAAUAAUCAACAUCCUCAAUUUCAAUCAAUGGUUCCAAUAACUCCACCUUCAGCAACUUCACAAUAUUCAUUAUUUUCUAAUAAAAAUAAUCGAAUUCAUGAAUCUACUAGUGGAUUAAAUUCUACUUGUAAUACUCCAACUCAUAUUUCAAUUAAUUCAUUUGCUCCUCCUCAACCACCACCAGGAUCAAUAUUAAAACCAAAAUUAACUUCAACUAAUAAUAAUAAUAAUAACAAUAAUAAUAAUAAUAAUAGUACUAAUAAUAGUUCUAGUAAUUUAAAAAUUAAAAAAUUGACUAUUAAUAAUAAUUCUAGUAAUAUUAGUAUUAAACAAGAGAAAAGAUAUAGUCAUAUUAGUAUUGGUAGUAAUAAUAGUAAUAAUAGUACUAGUAAUAUUAGUAAUAUUAGUAAUAUUAGUAAAUAUGAUGGAUUUUCACCAAUUAAAUCAAUAUCAACUAAUGGAUCAUUUACUAAUAUAACUACUUCAUCUUCAUCACCAUUAAUGAAUCAAUAUCAUCAACAACAACAACAACAACAAAUGAAUCAAUCAUCAAUUUAUCAACAACAUAAUUAUCAUUAA